UCUACGUCAUCACUGUCCUCCAACACCCUCCCAAUUAAUGCCCUUCUUUUGGUAACCUUCCCCACCACGGCACCACCACAAUCCCUCCACUUUUAUAUAUUCCCCCUAUCCCCUAAUAAUCCCUUCUCUUCUCUAUCUCAUCACUCUCUCCAUAAGUGCUUUUUCAAAAAACCAGCAAAAUGAUCCCAGCAACAAGUCUUUUCCUAGCCAUUUUGCUCCUCACUGCUUCACUUGGCAUCGCAGCCCGACCGGGAUCCGAUGGAGCCUUCUCAGCUGAGCUCAAGAACUCAAAGGACAAAGGUGGUGCUGCUAAUGGUGGUGGCGGCGGGGGUGGCAACAGUGGUGGCAUAGGGGGGUUUUUCCCGCCCGGGUUUGACAUACCCGGGUUCGGAAAGGGUUUUGGAAGCGGUGUAGGUGGCGGGUAUGGAGGCGGUUAUGGGGGUCCGAAUGGAGGGUACUCCAAGGGUGGAACUGUGAGGACUUCUCUUGUGUGUAAAGAAAAGGGUCCGUGCUACAAGAAGAAGCUGACGUGCCCUGCUAAGUGCUUCACAUCCUACAGCCGGUCAGGGAAGGGUUAUGGCGGCGGCGGCGGCGGCGGUGGGUGCACUAUCGACUGCCAGAAGAAGUGUACUGCUUACUGCUAGAGGAAUAGGCUGCUCCUUCUGUUAUGGUACUGCAGCCGGUAGCCGGUAAUAGUUACUAUAAUUAGUAUGUUUAUGCAUGUGAUGUGAUGUGAUGUGAGCCUUCUAAUUAGACCCCAUAUAUAUACAUAUAUAUAUAUAUAUUUAUAUUU